AUGGACUACCUCAUCAAGCUCCUCCAGCACCUGCUCUUCUUCCUCACGAGCGACCUCUUGGUCACCUCGGUGCGCAGAUGGCACAAGCUGUCCGACAUCCCGAUGAACCGUCGGGCAGAGAAGGUGCUUCGGACACUGGGGUGGGAACUUCAAGUGGACUUUGAGCACCUCCCGGAGGAGCUCCUGGCCAGCGAGCGCUACCUUGAGGCCAUUAUAUCCGUGAUCGAGCUGAAGGCCGGUGUGCGAGCGGAAGACGAGGAGAGGUCCGCCUUCCGCGGUAUCAUGAUGGAGAACAGCCGGCGGCGGGACGAGAGCCUGUCGCAGUACGUUAACCGCCGGACAAGGGACUUCACCAAGGCGGCACUCUACGGCAUCGUGAUCCCCGAACCGUUUAAGGCCUCUAUGUUGAAGGAGGGCGCCGGCUUGACAGAACAAGGACUUCAGAACCUCACGGCGCUGUUACAGGGCAGAGACGGGUCUGCCGACCAUGUGGCGGCGAUGCUCGCCCGGAUGGAUGUUCGCACGGAUCGCAUCACCGCUUUUGCAGAGACCGGCGAUGCCUCUACGAUGGGCCCGAGCUACCUGGCCCAGAAGGACGAGGACACCAGCGGCGAGAGCGAUGGAGAUGUCACACCGGAGGAGGUCGCCUAUGACGAGAACGUCCUCUAUGAGCUCACGAGCCUGGACUUCACCGAGGACCAGGCGGCCCUGGUUGCCCGGGUCUACGAGGCGGUGGCGAUCGAGGAGAAGCGGGCAAAACGCAAGGCUUCUGCUACCUGGGAUCCGGAAGCAGAUAUCAUCGGGCUUCCUGCUCUUCAGGCCCUGGAGGACGAGCUCGCACGGAGUGGACUGCAGGCUCUGGAAGUACCGACGACAAGCACGGCUCCCUCGGGCAUCGGCGAUUCGGCCAAGGUGUCCAAAACCGUGCUCGUGCCUAUUUCCCCUGGCGGCAUCCCGGGAGUGGUUCAGUUCGUGGUUAUCGAGAACAACGUUCCGCCUCUGCUCUCCGUGAGGCUCCUCGAGCAUUUGGGAGCCCAGAUGGACCUGGUUAGCAACCGCGAGCACUUUCGCAAGAUCGGCGUGGACAUGAAGAUGACGAAUCUUCCGACGGGCCACCGCGCAAUCCCGCUGGUGGAGUGGACUGGAGGAAAGUUCCCAGUCCCGGAAGCUGCCAAGGAGCAGUUCAGUCUUGAUGACGACGCCUUUAUGAAGGCGGCAACGGGCACAGUGAGCGCACCGGCGAGCCGAUGGAGACAGCUCGUGGUGCGGAUGAUGUACCUCGUCGAGGCCAUUCGAACUCGCUACUUUCGGCUGGCGGAGCGCGAGAACCGGGACAAGAGCAUCUUGUCGGACCGGCGCAGCUUCUUGGUGGCAGAUGCUCAGAAGCCAGCCUCGUGUCUGCACCCUCCUCCUCACAUCCGGAGGGCGAACCAGUAUGCAACGUGGACCGUGUGCUCAAAGUGCGGCGCUCGUCAGACAUAUGUGUCGAAGAGAGUGCCCGCGGCAAAAGGCAAGGCUCGAGCCCGGCCCACAACUCCAGCAGCCGCGGUCGACGCGACUCCGGACGUGAUGGUCGGAGCCUUCCAGCCCCCUACGAGGAGCACGGUGUCCACGGCGAGAUCAAGCCGCGAUCCCAGGCCCGAGCCGGUCCACCCGGAGCUCAGCGCGACCCUGCAGGCGAUGGCGAUCUCCUUCCAGAACGUGGGCGAGACUCUAAGGGAACUAACCCGAGGCCAGAGCCAGAUGCUGACGAUGAUGCAGCAGAACGCCACUCAAGGCCUCGAUCACCUGACCGCUCUGGAGGCGCAGGCCCGGGCUCGCGACGACCUGCAGGAGAUGCAAGUGGACACCGCGGAGACCGAGGAAUGGUCGCCGGUCACCGAGAACCGCGAGGAGAACCCGAAUGCCGACGACCUGCCGAGACCCAGACACUUGGCUGCUACAUCAUCCUCCCGUCGGCAGAAGCACCGUCAGAACAGGUGGUGCUGUGGCAUGAACUACUUGACCGCGCUGGAGAGGCACGCGACCAUGGACCUGGAGACGCUCACGGGCACGAUGCGGAUCGAGCACUUCGUUGGUGUUGCCCUCGGCGUCUACGGCUUCUUCAUGAACUACGUAGCACUGGAGCCCGAGGAAGUCGAGGCGAAAGUCGACGACAGAGAGGUGAAACGAGCCGCGGAAGCUCUUGUCAGACUGGCCCGGCAGGAGCAGAGGGCCAUUUCAGGCUCGCAAGUGGACCUGGCGGAAGUGUUUCGCCAGACGUCAGCUACUACCAGCGCGCGAGCUAGGGGCAUGGCCGUUCCCGUCGAGCAUGAGAACUUUACGCUCGCCUCCGGUUGGGACGUGACGAACAAGGAACAUCGCCGGCGGCUACGACACUUCUUAGACCACCGGAAGCCGCAGGUGGUCUCCAUGACGUGGAAGGCCGAAGAUGUGAAUCCAGACGAGCUCCGACGGGAUGUCAAGUCAGGUCUCAUGGCAGCACUGGCCCUGGAGAUCGCGAAGCACCAAUGUUCCCAUGGGAGGUCGUUCUAUAUUCGAGCUCCAGUGCCACUCGAGCCCUGGAAGAACGAGAAUUGGGAGCAACAUCUGUGUGAUCACGGCCGACGAGUGCGAGUGUCUCUGCACCAGGGCUACCUCACUGCCACGGACCUAGGCGAGGAGUCGGACGAGACGGAGUCCGAGGAGGCCAUCGACGACACCGGUGAGGCGGCAGUGUUCAUGACAGAAGUGCCAGGGUCAGCUACUCCCGACGCUGGGGAGAAGCUCGCCAUCAAACUGAUUGAGGAGUCUGAUUAUUCGAACGCCAGCUGCCUACGACUUCUCCGCGAGACCAAUUGGCCGAGGCAGAGGAUCAAGCGGCCGAGUAUGAGGGGCAGCGAGGCGUAUCAAGUUCUCGGGCAGUACUCCUAUGGGAAGUUUGCCGGCAUCACCCUUGCUACCUACCGGCUGCCGUACACCUUGAAGUAUCUGAACCACUUCAUGACGACGCGAGGAGCACUCGGACCUCGCUCCUCUCUGGUGGUCUCGAGGAAUGCUUCCGUGGGACCCCACAAGGACAACAACAAUAUCGGCCAGAACUACAGCAUUGCGAUCGGGCAGUUCAAAGGAGGCGAGCUUUGGGAGGAAGAUCCUGCUGGCCUCGUGGUGAAGGAGAUCAAAGGAGUGAAGGUGCCCGGUCGUCUGAGGAAGCACCACGGCAAGUUAAACAUUUUCGAUCCUCGAAAGUUCCAUUCAGUGGAACCAUGGACGGGUGAGCGGUGGUCCAUCACGGCAUUUCAGACCCGGUCUGCCGCAAAACUCGGCCGAGAGCAGGAGGAACUGUUGGCCAAGUUCGGGUUUCAAGUUCAGGGAUAUUCCGAGACUGCCGAUUUGCCCUCCAGCCGCGCUUCCAGCUUGCUGGUUUCACGUGUGGAGUCUAGAUCGAUCCAGCUGGACGAGAAGAAUGUCGAGGAGCUGAAUCGUCCGGAGCGCAACGGCCCAGAUGAAGCAGAGCCGCGAGUGUCACAGCAUCAAAAGGACCUGGUUCGCAAGCUGCACAUAAACACCGGUCACCUACCUCUUGAGCGGAUUUUCAGUUUUAACAAGGUGCUUACUGCGCCAGAGAGUCCGUGGCAGAACUUCCGUGCGAAAGGACCGAUGGUCUUCGGAGACUUCUCCGAGUACCUGGGGAACUUCUUAACCUCGGACGAGACUGGCUUGCCGGUUCUGAAUGACGCUUUCCACGACCCGGCAGGCAUGGACGAGGUGGCCACCGAGUUCAAGCAUUGUGGCGUUGUCUCCAGAAACCACGCUGGCGCAGUGGACAUCACCAAGGAGCUUCAAGGCCACGAAGCUUCCUGGAGAUCUUCUAUACAAGAGCCUGUCCAAGAAUCCGAGAUCAGUGUCGACUACCGUGGAGCAGGACAGGGCGAGGGCGGAGAUCUCUCAAUAGCGGAGGAACCCGAGGUGCCGGAUCGAGCUGCCAAAGCGCCCAGGACAGAGGUUUCCACAGGAGCCAGCUCGUCCGACAUCCUGGUUCUGUCACCGCGCGGCUUCUGGUUGGACUUUGGUCGCCAGCCGGAGAAGCUCAAAUUCGACGCGAGCGACAAGAUCGAGUGGGAGGCCAUCCUCAAGACCAAGGCCGUGCGCGUCGCGUACGGCAAGAAGAUACCCGGACCGCCCCCUCUUCGCGCAGCACACAGGCUCGAUGAUGCCCCAGCAGCAUGGAGGAACACUGUGGUGAAUUAUCUCACCGAGAAUAAUUUCGUCCGCAACUUGGUGGAGCCGUGUUGGUACAUGAGAUUCGACAAGAAUGGCGAAAACGAAGCACAAAUCCUCAUUGAAGUAGACGAUUUUAUUGUCAGUGCCAAGCCCGAGGUGCAGCAGCAGAUCAAAGACCUGCUCUCCGCACGCUUCGAGUUCGAUAAGUGGGAAGAGGAUGCUGCAGAGUACGCUGGUCGGAAAGUUCAGUGCCUCAACGACAGGGUUCUGAUCGACCAGCACAAGUACAUCACUGAGCAGAUCUUCCCGAUUCCUCUUGCGAAGCACCGGAAGGCCCAGAAGGAGGCGACGCUUACCGACGAGGAGUUUCAAGCCAUGAG